AUGGAGACAUCAAGACAAGACUUCUCGCCAGCAUUAAGUCAAACGGCUCGGAAGGAGGUCGAUAGCACCCGUCUUAUGCCUUCAUCGAUCCCGCAGCCUAGGACGUUGCAGAGUCGAAUACCCCAGAACGCUUCGGCCCGAAAGCUGCCCGGCCAGAAGUCUUUGGCGAGACCUCCUCUAACCCACGAAACGCAGUCUUGGUCGACGAACCCGGGGCAAUUGUCUACACAUGUGCUGAAAUCUUCCACGUCAGCUGCACGUGGACAAAGCGACUCAAGCCAGCCUUCCCGAGUUGCCUUACGUCGGAAACCAUCAAGCCUAUCUAAGGAGCCACCAAGCACACAGAGCCAGUCUCGUUCAAGCUCCGGGAGAACGGGUUCAUCCUCUUCGAUUCCCAAGUCACAGACGACCGUGGAUUCUAGCGCUCCUUAUUCGGAUCGGAGCAUUACCGCUAGCCCCGUUGAGAUCCGAACAGCGCAGAAAUACGAAUUGCCUCGGAUGGCUAUGCAGCCUUCUGUAGUAUAUCCGGAACUGGACCGCUAUCGAGAUAUUGAAAUCCCCGUUUCGAGAGACGGACCGAGCCUAGAUCUGCCAUUCAAGCUCGCAACGGAAAACCUGCCACCGCCAACACCGCUCUUCUCCGGUGGGAGCAGUCAUAGCCAGCUAAGCACCUUCAGCGCUAGCCCUUCCACCAGGUUUUCCGAGUCGCCGGGGCCGGGGCCCUAUAGCCGUGACACAACCCCAACCUCAAUGUCAUCACAGUCCCCUGGGCUAAUCGCACCGCAUCGCCUUCCUGUUUCUAGAGCUGGAAGGCAAGCAAGUCCGGCCGAGACCAGACCACCUGUAACCAGGAGAAGAGCUGGCAGCAUACCAAAUGAAGGUGAUGCUUUUGGCACUGACUCACAUGGCCUCGCAGCGGUACGGGAAGUAUUAACAUCUUCGUCAUCAAAUUCUACAGUACGUCCGGACGACAGGAAGGAGAAGAAAGUACGCAGAGGACCACUUCCCACACCAAACCCGCCUCCUAGAAAAUCGUCCCAGAAUUUCAAGAAAGACAGAGUGGAGGCCGAGUCGUUGUCGAAAGUCCCUCGGAUGCCUACGCGGACUUUGUUAAGAUCGCCAUCUCCAACCAAGAAAUCUGAUUCGGCUCAGGAAAGAGCCCAGAGAGCUGCGCCCACGUCUAGAAUUCGCCCAGCACCACCCUCAAGGCCUAGUAGAGACGGAACACCCAACCUCUACUCUCAAUUUGGUGGCCCAAUUCCCAUAAUUCAGAGCAAUCUCUCUACAACAAGCCUUACGGACAAACGACACAGUGGCCAGCUAAUACCCAGUUCGUUACCGCGGUCAAUAACGCCCUCUGCUCAGGACCGCUCGGUUUCAUCAAAAGGCCCUGUGUCUCGGGAGCCUACACCAGCGCCACGAUUGGGGGUUCCGAAAACCACCCAACCAAGCCAGAUAGAAAGGGGCAAAGCCACUAGAACGCCUAGCCCGGCCACCACGUUCAAAACACGGUUUCCCCUCUUCGGACGACGAACCAAGACGGCUCCGGAAGUACCACAAGCGGAAAAGAAAGACAAACCAAGUCGAAAAGGUCCAGCAGCUGGAACAGGCCAUGAAGGAUACGGCAGACUCGGUGCGGUCAGAAGACGCAGCGGGAUGCCAGGCCCAGUUUCUCCAUUAGACAGCACCGCGAGCCCCCAGUCAACCGACCAGUUUUUACUAGAUCGAAUGAAUCCCGUGAUUAUCGCCGGCGGUGAAAUUGUGGAAAAUCGCAAUACAAGCUUUGAAUUGACAAGAACAGAAAGCAGCCAGAGCGCCAUUUCAAGCCGUCCAGACAUCGGUUCCCGCAACAACUCGUUUGCAUCAGUGUCUUCGAGAGAAGAGACGAGGCAAACUUUAUGGCCUUCAGCGUUUCCUCGGCCAUCCGCGCAGGCUCGUCGUCCUUCUGAGAGUAGCGAUUCGGAAGCGGGUCCGAUGGGAUCAACCAUUGCGUUUCGGAGGUCAAUUCAACGUCUUCGAUCCCCUAGUCGUGCCCCUUUGAAGUUACCAGCACCCAUCAUAACCACACAAAUGACAUCUCCAUCAGUGGGGAGCGUGGAAACCAGCACCUUUACCGACGACUCUCUGCUAGAAUCCCGGCCAGAUCUUAGCCGUUCGAAGGCCGAGCCGAAGGCUGGACCAAAGAAGCUAACAAAACGUGCCAAAUCACCUCGUAAAUGGAACCUAUUCAGUAGGUCCCAGAGCCAGCCUUCAAAGGACCGUAAGAAAGUUGAGGCGAGUGUGUCAGCGGCAGUAAAGCCUACGAAGGGCAAAUCGAUUGCAUUUUACACCAUGAUGGAUUCUUCCGAGCAAGACGACACCGAAGACCAAGAUGUUUGUGACAUUUUGAGGGAGGCAGAGGUUCUGGUUCCCUUUAUGCCUACAGGCGAACAUAGUCGAAAUUUGUCCGAGAGUAGCCAGUCUAUUCUGGAAAUACCGUCCAGUCACCAGCUACAAACCGAGAAGACUGCCUCGGAGCCAACGAAACAAAACUCGACUUUUGCCAAGGAAUCGCCAAGACCUUCGAUACCAAAGUCGCGGAACGCAACUCCCAACGCCUCAUCUUCAGCUACUCCUAAAGUCCGUCCAAGCAGGCUUCCCCAAGUUGGUAGGAUACCUAAAGUUGUCACUACCCGCCCAGAACAAACAUCUCCCAAGAGUUUCUCCCGGCCCUUCCACCGAGUCAGCUUGCAGAUACCACCCCCUGACCUAAGUCAUGUUGACCGAGACUCUGUUGCAAAAGGCCCAAGUCCACCUAGACCCUGGUAUCCAGAGCAGACUGAGGAAGAGCCAGCGGAAACAACGAGUGGCUUUGAUCCCCCUACUCAACAAGGAACACCUAGUGGAGAUGUACCCCUUGGGCUUGGGCUCGGAAAGGAAUUUCUUUCCUUCCCGCCUCAGAAGGAUUCUGAGUACACGACAAGUUCUGGAUCCGGUAGCUCAGAAUUAGUGAAUGUAUCUACCCAUACAGCGUUACCCCCAGCGCCGAAUGCCCCACUUACUGAAGAUGAAAUCUGGGACGAGUAUAACGACUUUUUAGGCGAGACACCGCCGUCGGCAACCUCUUCCCGGGGCGCCCCUUUCCAUCUGGAAACUUAUGAGUCCAAGCUGGCGAAGAAGUCGAGUCGGGUGCCCGAAUCGCCUACCAUCAUAACCCAUCACGCCAAGGGCAUCCGUGAUUCUACCGAGACUGGAAAGGCUGCUACAUCGUCGAGCCAUUAUAGCGCCGACAUGACAGCCAGAAUAAACGCUGCCUUCAGAUUCGGUUCUGAUCCGCCAGCUACGCCCUUCUCUGUCUCCGAGUUCGUAUCUGGAUAUGGUGAUCGCGAAAACAGCAACGUUCAGCUAACCAAGACCUCUGUUUCUUCCAAACGAGAGAGUUCUUCCUCUACCAAAAGCUCCAAGACUAAAAGAAGCUCUAGCAGUAGUCGUAUUAGUGAAGACUCGCCUCUUUCCCAGGUAAACCUUCGGGUCGGCUCAAUGACGGUCAGCAAGUGGCUCUCCUUUGGUCACGUGCUAUUUAGUCCGGUCCGCGAAGACCUCAUCAACGACGACAGCUCACUGAAACGCCAGUCAAUACUUGUCAUUGACGGACUUGGGAACGAUGACUGGUCCUUUUAUGCGGCGGAGACAUAUCCUACCGCAACUUUCUUCAACUUGUCCCCACGUGCGCCCUUAACACCAGAGCAACAAUCAACUCCCUCGUUCCCCCUCUCGCCACCUAACCAUCACCAAAUCCAAUUCGCCUCGUAUAUGGACAAAUUUCCUUUUGGUCCGGACAGCUUUACGGCAGUCGUGUUCCGGUUCCCUUCCGCAGCUCCGGAAGCUCAUUAUCGGAAUAUUAUUUCUGAGGCGCGCCGUGUCCUCAAGCCCGGUGGAUAUAUCGAGUUGUCUAUCCUUGACGUGGAUUUGAACAAUAUGGGUACCCGAACUCGACGUGCUGUACGCCGCCUGAAGGAGCGAGUCAGUGCACGUAAUCCCGACUACAGCCUCAGCAGCACAGCGGACCUCAUCCUCCGCCUCCUCGGUAAAAAGGGGUUUACUGACGUUAAGAAAUGCCGCGUUGGCGUGCCCGUGGCGAGUGCGAUAACUAACUCUUCUGGUUUCAAAGGGAAGAAGAAGGACGAGAGGAGUUUGGCAGAGAUGAUGAAUGACAAGACCGAAAUGGGCGACGAAAAUAUCACGAAUAUGGUUUCCAAAGUCGGACGAUGGUGGUACAACCGAUGCUACGAGACUUCCACUGGAAUGCCUACUAGCAUAUGGAACGAUAAAUCACUGUUGGCCGAAUGUGAGGAGUGGGGAACGAGCCUCAAACUUAUGGUGUGCCAUGCCAGAAAACCCGAAGCAGGAGGGCGAGUUGCAAGUAUAUGA